AUGGCAGCGCCGCUCUAUAGCACAGAAUCAGGACUGCUCUGGCACGCUGGCUGCGUUGGACUGCCUGCCCGGGGCAAGACACACGUGUCUCAUUCGCUCGAACGCUAUCUCAGAUGGCUUGGCGUGCGAACGGAAGUCUUCUCGCUCGGCGACUAUCGGCGAGAAGUCCUCGGCCCGUCUUCGAUGCUGCCGUCAGACUACUUCAGCGAUGCCGGCAAUCGUACGCCGGAAACAGAGAAGCUAAGGCUCAAGGUCAAGGAUGGCCUAGAGUCCGAGAUCAUGAAGUUCUUCGAGAUCAAACGAGGACAAGUCGCAAUUUAUGAUGCAAAUAAUGGCACGAAAGCGCAACGACAGAAUUUGCGAGCAAAAUUUGAGGCCAUUGGCGUCCAUAUCAUGUUCAUCGAAAUGGUUUGCGAACGCAAGGAAAUUAUCGAAGCGAACAUACGUGCAGUGAAGCUCUCCUCACCAGAUUACCGCGGAUGGAAUCCAGAUGCAGCCGUGAGAGACUAUUGGAGGCGCAUAGCAGACCACGAGAAGAAGUUCGAAACUAUCGAGCAACCGAGCUUUCCAUACGUCAAGGUCAUUAACGUUGGUGAAAGGAUCAUCGUGAAUAACAUCAGCGGCUACUUACAGUCCCGCAUCGUCUUCUUUCUAAUGAAUAUCCAUAAUCGGUUCCGUACAGUGUGGUUCGCUCGCUCCGGCAAGUCCGUCGUCGAGCACUCGUACAAGGCCGAUUCCGGGCUAUCGGAAGAAGGCGAAGAAUAUGCUGAGAAGCUCGCGAGCUUCAUCAUCCAGACACGUAAGCAGCUUCCCACGCUGCGUAGACAAGCGGGCGACACGAAGACCCAGCAGCGUGAUCUUACUGUCUGGACCUCAGCACGCAAGCGAUGCAUCGAGACGACGAUGCCGUUUCAGCAGCUUGGCUACCGCGUCGUUGCAAAGACACAGAUGAUAGAGAUCAAUCCUGGCGUCAUUGAUGGGCUAAGUCCUGAAGAAAUUCAGCAGAAAUACCCAGAAGAGCACAAGAAGUCACUUGAGACGCCAUAUGCGCAUCGCUAUCCUCGUGCAGAGAGCUUCCAUGACCUAAGCGUCCGACUGGAGCCUGUCAUCUUCGAGCUCGAAAGAGAGCCGAAUGACUUGCUUUGCAUAGGGCAUGCGUCAGUACUGCGUUGUCUUUUCGCAUAUCUCAAGGGUCUUGCGCCGCAAGACAUCCCCAAGAUCGACCUCAAGCGCGGCGAUGUCAUUGAGGUGACUCCAACGGCCUACGGUGUCAGCUCCAAGACGCAUCGCUUCUGGUCUGCCCGCGGCGAUCCUCUUACCAUUGGGGACGAGUCUUUCCAGUACGGCAGUCCGGCCAAGUCGCUUUUCAGUUUCGCGGAUCAGCGUGAGAAGCAGCAAGCGGCCGAUGACGACAUGACAGCACGGUAUGAGAAACUCGGCACGUCCGAGAAUGUAUCGACGCAAUGAGUAUGUACAAUCGAUUGCAUGACUAUACAACAACCAUAGAUCUUGCAGAAUCGUGUAUUGACGUCAGGCCGCGUCUGCCUCGACAUUGCUCGAGCUUGCUUGCGCUUUGCCUUUGGGUGCAGGACGAACGUCGGCUUGACAGAUCGGACAACGGCCGCUCGUGAGGAACCACGCAUCGACGCAUUCCUUAUGAAGGCAGUGUCCACAGGGUAGCAGGCGCAGCGGCUCAA